AUGUCUUCCCCCAGCUCUUUUACCACCCUCCUCUCCCAAACCACCUCUACCACCUGGAUGCCCACCUCCCACGACGAGCCUUCCAUCCCUAAGUCUGACAAGCCUGUUAUCAUCGGCCUCACCAUUGGCGUGGUUGUACUGUUUCUUAUUUUCAUUUUGCCCUGCUGUUGCUUCCAGUUCCUCGCUCACUGGCAACAAAAGCGUAUUGACAGAGAAGCGAGAGAGGGGGCCAAGAAAGCAGCUGUUGCUCCUGAAAGACCUGCGGCGGAGGUUUAA